CAGUUUUGGUCGCAAUGUUGAUGGGACACAGCCCAUCUGUUCACCGCGACCAAAACACAGGCUACAUUUUCCUCAAAAGGAAGUCGUGUCAGUAGGACUGGUGGGGAAAAUAAACACCGUGUGCACGUCAAGGCACAUCUAUUCAAAUAAUAUUGCUCGUAAAGACAUACCAAAGGUAUACGCCGCAGCUCCGAGUGCGCCGAGACCGCAGGCACGGACCAGCCAAGACUUAAAUAACAUGGUUGAGAAGAUUGAGCAGGGAGCAUGGGCACGCGCAGUGUGACUCGUUUUUGGGAAUGGGGUAGAAAGAUCAUCUGCGUGGGGCGUAAUUUCGCGGAGCACGCCAAAGAGCUGAAGAACGAGCUGCCCACGGAGCCCGUGCUGUUCCUGAAGCCGCCGACGGCGUACGUGAAGGAGGGCUCCGAGAUCCUCGUGCCUCACUACUCCUCCGAUCUGCACCAUGAAGUGGAGCUCGGCGUGGUGCUGGGGAAAGCGGGCAGAGAGAUCCCCCUGAGCUCCGCCAUGGAGCAUGUCGCCGGAUACGCGCUGUGCUUGGACAUGACCGCGCGAGAUGUUCAGGACAAGUGCAAAGCCAAAGGGCUUCCCUGGACCCUCGCCAAAGCCUUCGACACGUCCUGUCCCGUGAGCGACUUUAUCCCCAAAGAGAGAAUCCCAGAUCCGGCACGGGUCGAGCUGUGGCUCAAGGUGAACGGCGUGACUCGACAGAGAGGCAGCACGGCGCACAUGAUCUUCUCCGUGCCUUACCUGAUCAGCUAUAUCAGUGGGGUCAUGGCGUUAGAGGAAGGAGACCUCAUACUCACCGGGACCCCCAAAGGGGUUGGAGCCGUGCACGAGCACGACGAGAUUCAGGCCGGUAUCGAUGACGUCAUCAGCAUGACGUUUAAAGUCAGCAGACGGGCUUCGAUAACCCAAUGAGACCAGUCCAGUCGAUUUAUCGAUGCUGCUUUUAGUUUUAAUCUCACAAGUCAUGUGGUCGAAAUAUAUGCAAUCACACAAUAUAUGGCAACAAAGUUUGUGGACACCUGACCAUCACACUCAUGUUUACCUUCCUCAAACUGUAGCACACAAUUGUACAGAAUGUUUUCAUAUGUACCAGUAUUACAUUUGCUCUUCACUGGGGAUUACCACCAGACCUGUUCCAGCAUGACUAUACCCCUUUUACACAAAGUGAGCUCCACGGUUGGACUGGAAGAACUCCUGUCUUGACCUCAACAACACUGAACAUCUUUGUGGUGAACUGGAAUGCUGACUGAACCCCAUGCCUUCUUACUUAACAUCAGCUCCUGACCUCAUUAAGCACAAAUCCCCAAAGCCAUGCUCCAAAAUCUCAUGCAAAGUUUUCCCAGAAGCGUGGAUCUUAUUAUAACAGCAAAAUCUGGAGCAAAAUGUUUCAACAAGCACAUGAGUGUUGUGGUCAGGUGUCCAUAUACUUCUGGCCAUAAAGUGUACCAGUAAAAAUGCAAUCAAAAUAAAAACAUUUUAUUUGCAAUACAUAUAUAAUACAAUAACAAUUAUGAUAAUGCAGCAGAACACUGUAGAUUACUGUAAUUAUAUUUUGAUUAACACAAUACCUCUUAUAGCGCCACACUAAGGAAUUGAUUACAUAAAUAGUAGGAGGAAAAUAAUCGGUAAGAAAUUUAUUUAUAAUUUAAUGAAAAAAUGUUUUACAGCUUUCUGAAAAGCUCAAGAUUUUAAAUAAAACAGCAAAAAUGUAACCCAAACAUGAAUUAAGGGGAUAAAACAAUAUGUCAUAGUCUUGUCCUGGAUGGUCUGUGGACAACCUUUGGAUCCACCACCAUACUGGCCACUAUAAAGUGAUAACUGAAAAUGUUUAAAUGAAAUGAAAUAAAGUAUCUUAGCAAGGA